AUGACAAACGAUCACUGCAUCGCCUCGGUUUCCACGGAUGCCAUGGUUACCAUCACGGGCGUCCACCCCCGGACAGUCAUUGCUGAUUCCACGUUCGGUGCCCUCGCACACUACCUCUGGACUCUCAAGUUGAUAUUGGAAGGGAGUUAA